AUGCGGAAAUCUAAGAUCGCCUGUAGUCGGAUCGGCCGUCAACCAAACGCAAUUAAAUACUAUUGUGCCCGCGAAAUUUCACAGCUCAGUUCAACGGGCGAUGCGGAUGGUGCGCCAAUUUCCUCGAUCGUUCCGAUGGCUAAUGGUCGAGGUGCUUUCAACAGCAAUAGACCACGAACUAGUUCACUUUCCUCGUCUGAAGGCGGUGAUAAAGUGCGUUCCCCCGCUCCUAUAGGUCGAAAUCCCACUAGCAGCAACAAUAGCACUGGUUCCGCGCUGAUCACAACGACCGCUAAACCCGCUGCAUCGUGGCCAUCCGUGGAUCGAACUGUUCAACCUGCUGAAUCGUCCACCGAUCGAGGUUGUUCAUCCGGUCUAUCAGCGAUGACUAACAACUCGCUCACCUCUAAUGGUCAAUUGUUCAUGUCCUUGAGCGAUUCCUGUAGGACUAACAACAGCAAGAAUAAUAGUGGUGCUAACAACAACAACAACAACAACAGUAACAAUAAUCAGGCGAACAUGUUCUCCAAUAUGCGACGGUUUUCAUGCGAACCGGUUUUAGGCACGCAUGGAAAAUCCGCCUUGACUCCCGCGAUGAAGAAACGAAAAUCGGUUGGGAACUUGCAGCAGCAGCACUCGAUCGAUUCCACCGCUUCCGACGGCCCUGAUGUGUAUGAUCGGGGGCUUCGUCCGGGUGUGAUUACCCUGGACGCAUUACCUCGUGCGCCAGUUCUGGAAUAUUCGCUACCAAAUCCUGAUAUGAGCAGUCAUAUUUCCUCUACAACCAAUUCACUCCACGAGAUUCGUUCCCCGGGUGUUGAACCCGAUGAUGAAAUAGAUAUCUCCCAGGGAACGAAUGACAAAAUGCUCAACCCAUUGGCCGUUCAUCUUCCUUUGGACGAAAAUUCCGAAGAUUUGGUCACCAGUUAUUGUAAGUCGUUUAACACCGGACCUACCGCGAUCGUUGUGCUACCUCGACGUGAGCCGUCUUCCACCUUUGCUUACUCUCCUACAAUUGGUAAAGAUUCAACGGCUGGCCUGUAUCCUUUUCCUAAUCGAUCAGCGUUUCCGGACCAGUCAUCACCGUCCCGUCUGAGUUUGGUCCCGUCUGUGACGGAUUCCGGGUCCCAAUCAACCGGGCAGCUUCCGCUGCCAGAGGAUGAUGACGAUAAUGAGGAUUCUCAAGCUCAGGGUGUUGACUCCACCAAUGCUCGUUCGACGCGGAGCAUUGUAGAUCACCUUACCUCCACCGUUCUACAAUUUCGGCAGCAACAUCAACAACGUCUGGGUUCACUUGCCAGAACUGAUAUUUCGACUGGAUCUAUCAAACAUUCAGCUUCUUCUCCACCACCAUUGGAGACCGAACCUAACGCAUCACGUCUCCCUCCACACAAUCGGCGACUCACUGAACUCCCGUCGGGCUCCCUUUCAGAUGAAAAUGAAAGCGCGUAUCCGGCACCUUCCGAUAGUCCAUCCCAACCGGUUCUUCCAACCCGAGCUCCCAUCUCAUCCUCUUAUCAUGCCUAUUCGUUCCCUUCCUCCUGUAAACCGGCGUCGCCUGAGUUUGCAUGGCAUAACCAAUCAUCACAGCCACAAACGCACACCCAUUCUCAUCCGAAACAGCGCUAUGCUAAAUCCAAUGGUAGUCCGUCAUCCACCUUUGAUUCAACGCAACAUUUUCGUGUUCCAGGUGCACCACACACACCUAAAUAUUGCGACCUUUCUCCACGCUCGAUCAACGGUAAUUCGGAACAUUCACCAGCAGUCACGGCUGCGCUUUGCGCUGCAGCUGCAGCUGAAGUCACCUCCACAUCAUCCUCAUCCGCUCCCUGGUUUGCUGCAGCUGCUGCGGCAGCAGCAAUGGCGAACGCACUCAUGGUCGCCUCACAAGCACCAUCAUCUUCAUCGAACACACCUGGUUUGUUCGCAGAUGCGUACGCUAUUCAUACCAGCGGAAAUGGAUGCCAGACAGAGAUCACUGGAUGUCGUCGUGGUGCGUUGCCUUCGACGAUCAGUUUCCCAAAGCGUCUCAAAGUUUCCAGUUCAGAUAGUCCACUGACUGUAAAUUCCUCGGGUCCACCCAUAUGUUCCGUUAGUCCGCAUCAGCUGGAACAGUAUGUGGGCAGUUUGGGCAAAUGCGACGCAAGUACAGUUCUCCGUUCAUUUCAUUUGCCCAACCAGGGCAUUGAUGUACAAGCGAAUUCGCGUCUAACUCAUCCGUCAACAGUCGCUGCUAUGCGUGCAGCCGCAGCAGCAGCAGCUGCAGCGGCAGCAACAGCUGCGGGACUCGUCCUGUCUAACAGCGGUGUCCGACCGCUUCCGGAUGAGUUGGCUCAAAUGCAUCGAACCACAGCGGCGGCUGCAGCUGCCUUGACUACAUUACCGGAUGUUUCGCAUUCAUAUGAAAACUCCACAGCUAGCUCAUCUCCGUCACCACCGCCAGUCGCUCAGCCAUCAACACAGCAACUACCACCGCAUAUAUUCGGUCGUAUUCCUUGUACACUUACGGAUGCUCCGGUAAUGUACGGGUCAUUGGAACCGAGGUCUACGGCAAAUCUAUCCAUACCUCGCAAGGAUCCUGAACCAGUUGGGCGCACAAAGAAUGGACCGGGUGCGGUGAGUUUGAAUAGUUUUAUUGCCAAAUAUUAG